GCAGAAGUCUUCUUGCGCUUCAGCUGAAACGCUUCUAGACUAAGAGAUCUGGUUUGACUUGGUGUGCAGAUUCCCUACAGGGGGUUCCCGUGACACCUGCCUGACCAGGACAAGGACACGACGUCGCUUGGACGACGUAGGUCUUAUGGCAAGCACGCUAUGUAGCGCGAGGGAGGGCAGCAACGAAGAAUACAAAGAGCUAUGGCAUUUCAACAGCAAAGCAGACAUGUUCCCAACAUAUUUACAAGAAAAGUAUCUGGAACUAGCUAAAAAAAAAAAAAAAAAGACGAGCUACCUAUACACGGGAUUCUUUUUUUACAAGCUGGCGAUUCCUGCCGGGACGAUGGUUUGCAAAGCUACCCGACGGCUCAAUACAAAUGCAAUUCCCAACAUCUCCCAACAUGCUAGUCCCACAUCUCGAUCCACGAAGAGACACAUGCCCAUGGACCCGUGCAUUACUCCAGCUACUGCCCAACUCGACCCUCAUGGCUGACCUGGCCUGACUGGAUCAUGACAUGGGGCAAAGUGACUGGCGUGAAGACGAGUUAUAAACAGACGGCAGUCAAGGAUCUGGACGAGCAUAUACCAGGUGGAGCGGGUAAAGAGAUUGGCGAAAUGUACCAGUUUAGCUUAGAC